UUGAUUCGCAGUAUUAUGGAAGAACCGAAGGGAUCAAAGGUUCACGUAGCGCGUAGGAAAAUAGAAAAGAAUUGCAAAUGGCUGUGCUCCUUGACCCUGACCAGGCUGGUGAUUCUGCGGCCGUUAGGUUCCGAUUUAACCUCGAUUAGCAUCGCGGUGAAGAUGCAGAGCUCUAAGAGGACCCUCCGUUCGAACGAGAUGGCAAUCCCGACCGGCGGCUUGCUGGACACCGAGCUCGAGCUACAGUUCGCCCUCCAGUAUCCGCAUUUCCUAAAAAGGGACGGCAAUAAGCUGCUCAUACAACUUCAGAGGAGGAAACGAUAUAAAAACCGUACGAUGCUUGGGUACAAAACUUUGGCCGAGGGUGUCAUCAAUAUGGCACAGGUUCUGCAGAAGCAGAUGGACCUGGAGCUGGAAUUGGUGUCGGACAAGGCGGAGAAAUACGGCGGACACUCGGUCGUGUUGGCCCGUGUGAGCGUUGUCGCGCUCAGCUCGCAGCCAGUCGACCAAAGACUGAUGAACGACCCGAACGAGAGGCUUUGCCCCGAGUUCAGCGACGAGGAGGAGGAAUUCAGCUCCGAAGGCGAGGCUGAGGGUAGCGACAGUGAACCCACCCUCGAGGUGCACAGGCGGAAGAGUCGCGCGAAGAUACCGGCGAACGCCAGGCAAAGAAAUUUAAAGCAAAAAUUCAUAGCUCUCUUAAAGAGGCGGUUCAGAGUGUCCGAAGAUUUGGAUCAGGAUCAAGAGGAGAUCGGUCAGAAGCUUUCAGAGUCGUUAACACAGUACGCUGGAUUUGUUAAAGGCGCAGAGAUGGAAAUCGAGGAACUGUUCGACGAGUUGGAAGAUCUGUCUGACAGCGGUCCAGAAUUGGACACGAUGUCAGUCAGUAGCACGCCGAAACCAUCCCUGCGACCUUUUUUCAGCUCUAGUCGAUCGCUUCUCGCUCCUCCUCAUUCCGUAGUAACCAACGAGGAGAUUGGAAGCACUCCUGCGACUACAGCCGUAGGUCAGCAGACCGCAGGUCAGCCAGCUAAAGAAAAGCAUCGUGUCGGACACACCACUCCAGAGCGCGGCGUGGAUAGGCAGAGCGACGAUAGCUCCCGACGGGCGGACAGCGACUCGCAUCCGGAGAAUUGGACGGAUCACGAGGCGAACGAUCCGCCGAAUUACGUGCCGGGUUCGCCGCCAAAGUCUGAACAGCACAAGUCCGAGAGCAGCGACAGGCGUAGCAGGCUCUUUACACGCGACAGGGGUACGCCGGGUGCCAACAAGUCCAAAAAGCAUAGCCUCAGCGUCGACUUGAAGCCUCCCACCGACUUGAACAGCUCCGAGCCGCGGAAAGCGUUGGUCGAGCAAUUAAGCCGGGUACUGCCAGAUGACAGUCUGCCAGACGCAGUGUCGUUGGUGUCUCUGGCCGAUCCAGGCGCGGCCGUGCUGGCCACGAGACUCCAAGAAAGAAAUCAACGAGUCUUGACGACCGCCUCGCCGGCGGAUAUUCGUGCCACGUUCACGUGCUUAGUCACGCGAAUACAAAAAUUUUGUAACAGUUCCGCGAAACCACCAGCACCGAUCAAAGUGGUAAUCGCCGGCGGGGAUAGUUUCGUGAACGCGGUGCUACGUCACUACGUGGAUCACCUGAGUUUCCGGCCGCAGAAUUACCUCAAGUUUUUCGUCGUACCUCUGGGUUCGAACACACUGUCGAGGUAUCUCGGCUCGAUAGACGCGAAAUAUUCGAUGUUGUUCGGAGACGAGUGGAGGGAAUUGCUCGAGAGGGAAGGCGGUGGUGCAAGCGAGUGCGCGGCGAGGGUGUCGGAGUACUUGGCGUCGGCCAGUUCGACCCUGUUGCUGCCCAUCGCGGAAGCCAUGGUCACGUACAGAGAGACGGAUGAUAGCAGUCAAAUCUUUAUCCCGUUCAUAAACGACGUUCGGGUGGGCUGCCCGGAUAGUAGUUCCUCCGCGUCGGUCGAUCUGGAGGAAAGUAACGUGACUAUGUCAGGAUCUCCGCCCUCGUUACCACCGCCGGGAUUACCUACUCCGCUUCCGGGUAGGUUAACACCACCGAGCAGCCCUAAUGUUGGUCAGCCGACGAGGGAAGGCUGGGAACCGGUCGAGCUGCAACUCGAUUACUGGAGCAAACAGACGCAGGGCGAGAAGGGCAAGAAUUCGUUGAGACAAGCGUUCAGGGCAUUGCAUGUCCAGAGACUUCCGCUUUUGGGAGAAACUCCUGGUCCCUACUUGUCCAUGAAUUACACCAUCAAGGAGAAGAAGCAGAAAAUAAUGAGACUGGGUAAGAAGAAAGAAAAAGAAAAGGAAAACGAGCCAAAGAAUCAAACAGUCGAGGGAGUGACGCGACUUAUUUGCUCCGCGAAGACUCACAACAUUCCAUUAAGAGUGAGCAUCGACGGUACCGAGUGGUACGGUGUGAAAUUCUUCCAACUGUCGGCGCAGUGGCAAACGCACAUCAAGACGUUUCCGAUAGCCAUGUUGGAGUACACAUCUCAGCAGCAACCUCCUAAUCCCGCAUAAGAGAGAGAAAAAAAAACAAUAAUCCGCUUCCUCCGUUUUCAAAAGGCCAGACGUAUUUCAUUUGUGUUCAUGGAUAAUGCCAAUUAGGAUUCGUCAGCUUGUCGCGCAAGCCCGAUAACCAAAUCCUCGAAACCAAAAAUGAAAAAAGAAAACGAAACGUAGCACGCGAGGUAGAGCACAAUUUCGUACAAUGGACGGUCCACCGCUUCGAACCGCUGGAGCUGCAGCUGGCAAGUAAGUCCAAAAGUUUGCCUGUUUCCUCCUUAUUUCAAUCCUUAAUAGUUUCCUUUCAUUGUUUGAUGUUUUGUUAAAAACUGUAGUUCUUGGUAAAAAAAAAAAAGAUAUACUACGUGACGUAUUCUUCUUGCGUAAAAAUUGCCAAGAGUGUGCGAGUUCGACGUAACGAGUAUAAUUGCUCGAUAAUACGAAUUCUAUUCUCUUUGAUACAAGCGAAUGCCGGUUGAUUUUCUCGACGAUCGGAGAUCAUUUUUUUUCCACUCGACCCUCGGUUCUCAUUCUCGUACACACACGUAGUCAAGCUACACCGUAAUGCAUGUAGCGAUUGUUACUUCAAAAUGAAGUAUGCGACGAAUCGUAGAAGUGGUUGACACAUAUCGUAUUAGAAUUAUCGUAGACAAUGAUAAUAACGGCGGAUGUCGUUGGUCACGGGGAUGCCAUACGAACAGAGUACGAGAACGCGUUGUUUCAAACGCGUUCACUCGGGAAGACGUACGUCUGAUAUUCGACUACCCUGUAGGAGGAAAAAGUGUUAUGAGUGUCGUUCGAAUAUGUACAUAUAGGAUUUUUUAAACAAAAUAAAAUCGCUCGGUUUCGCUGCGGGUCGAACUGAGAUACAUACAUAUGUAUUUGCUAAGUUUAGGUCUUUGUCUAACAUCGCAGAGGGUAGCGAUCAGAGGUCUUUUAGCGUUAAAUUAUAUAUUUAUUUAAUUGAUCGCGUAUAUUCCGUGUAAACGAGUUACAUACAUAUUAGUGAUAGAGCGUGCGGCGACAUUAUCGAAAGAAGUCUGUGAUACAGGCGAAUAUUUCUCUUAGCGCACAAAAUUUUCUCUAAACAAAGACGAAGAACGAAAGAAGGAAACAAGAGAAAUGAAUAUGAAGAACGUGACGAUGGCGAUGGCGAAUAAGCUCAUUAGUUGUUGUAUCUAAAUACACAUACUCCUUUCCUCGUUUUAAGAUUUCAACAUAUUUUUUGUAUUCCAUUUUAUAGACUUUUAGCCAUAGGCUGCUGUAGUUUAAAUACUCUAUUUUCAGACUUUAUUAUUUGAUACUUUUACUCCCCGUUAAACGGCUCUCCGACUACGAAUUUCGAUAAGGUAUAUCCAUCCGCGUGUUAUUGUUUAGCCAACGCGAAUUCGUUCGUCGAACAGAAACACGACGUUUGCAAAUGUGCCGACUGAUCAUGUUCCUCCUCCUCCUCCUCCUGAUCGAUACGCGAUAGCAAGCAUGAUUCAAAAGAGGCCGCGAUGAAAAGACAGAAAUCGAAAUGUAUCCGGCUGUACUUCUCCCUUUUUUUAAAAAAUCUAAUCUCGUAAUUGAAAAUCAAUUACAUAAACUGAUCGUUAGUUCAUAAUCCCUCUUGUCCCUAUUAAAAGGAAUCAUAUCACGUGAAACGAUAGGAAUUAUCUUAGGAAAUAUAUUCUCUUAGGGAAAAGGAAGAAGUAAACGUAAGUUUCGAGGAAACGAGGACUGUUUAAACAAUAGAUCUGCAUAACGAUAACAAACAUUUUUCGACUUCCUUCAUGAUUUAGCUGCUACGAGAACGAAAGAAAGCGAGAAACGACGAGAACAAUUUGUCUAUCAUUUUGUUGUUUCCGGCAACGUAGCCUGUCGUGUUGACUGCCUAAUGCCAAAUCGAAAAAAAAGAGAGAGAGAAAGAGAGAGAGAGAGAGAGAGAGAGACAGAGACAGAAACAAUUCGUCCAGACGAAUUCAGAUAAAAGACAUUAUAACACACUGGCACAUUGUAUAUAUCAUAAAAAAAAAA